AUGUCCAACAAAGCCAGGAGGAUGCUGGUUCUUCUGCUGAUCAUCCUGAAGGAAGCUGGCCUGACCGCAGCCUGCAGCAGCAGCUGUUCAUCAAACUGUUACUGCGCCAGCAGAGGCCUCAGCAGUGUUCCUCAGGACCUGCCUACAAACAUCACUAGGCUUAGCUUGGGGCGCAAUGCCCUUACAACCUUAAGUCAGUCUGAUUUCUCACACAACACAAACCCCAGAGGCACAAACAGUGGUCUUGACCAGAUAAGUCUGAAUGAAGUUACAACAAAUGCAGAUUCUGAAAUAAGCCGUCGAUCUGAAACACCACAUCUCAGUAGAGAAGACAGCCAGCAUAUCUAUAACCUCCCAACAGAUGAGGACCCUGACACAGCCGAGUACAACACCAUAGACGAUAUUGAUCAGUCAGAAAGUCCACACCAAGGUGAAGGUAAGAGGCUGAGUCUUGACAGCUUUGGUUAUUUGGUUUUGCCCCCUUCUCUUCCCCCUAGGCCUGAAAAUCAAACUGACCCCCAGGCCGCUGCCCAGAUUGAAUCAGUAGAUGCAGCUGCUUGUACAACCAGUGUUGCUGGUCCAUCACAAAGAUCUGACUCAGGGCAAAUUCAGCAUCUCGGCAGCUUUAGCGAUGGUUAUGAGGUUCCAUCUCCCUCCCUGUACACUGGAAAAGGUCCACAGUCCCACAAGUAUGUGAACAGCAAGAUGACAGCAGCUGCCAAAGAUGCUGCAGCUGGUCCGAAGGUUAUUAUGUAUGAGAAUGAUGAUGAGAUAGAAUCUGCAAAGGAAUGCUCACAGUCCCACAAGUAUGUGAACAGCCAUGUGGCAGCAGCUGCUAAAGAUGCUGCAGCUGGUCCACAGGAUGUGGUGUAUGACAAUGAGAAUGAUGAUGAGAUAGAAUCUGCAAAGGAAGAUCCACAGUCCCACAAAUAUGUGAACAGCCAUGUGGCAGCAGCUGCUAAGGAUGCAAAUGCUACAGCUGGUCUGCAGCAUAUGGUAUAUGACAAUGAUGAUGAGGUAGAACAUGCAAAGGGAACUAAGUAA